UCUGAAAACAAAAUAACCAUAGUCUCUGCCUUGUGAACAUUCAAGGUUUGCUUGUCCUCUUGUACCCCAGAUGGAUUUUAAACUGGGGUAAGGCUGAUUACUAAUAGAAAUCGGGUGCCAAGACUGCCAGGCUCAUCCAACUGCCUGGCGACAUGUUUCCCUCAAGCUUUUGUCCCUGUUGGAUAUUUUCUCGCUUGGUUCAAGUGAAGUUUUGGCAAAGCUGUUGGUGUCAGACUGAGGUGUGAAGCUUCUCGGCAGUGAGACACUACAGACUUCAUUAGUGGCACAAAUGUGCCCGGUUGGAUUGACAAAUGUCAUCUAACUGCGUCAGAGGUGACUGAAAGGGAUGGAAUUAACCCCUGAUGGCUAAAUGGGCAUCGCUGUUCCCAGCAGAGAGAGAUUUAUUUUUCCAAGAAUAAACCUGUGACACGUUAUGUUGGAUUGUUUCAAGAGAUAUACAGUGUUGUGAAGAUUAAUGCCCAGCAGAGAACAGGACGACGCACACUGUCUGGUUACUCUAUUAGGGGUGUAACGCCGUAAGCAACAGUGAAGAUCACCACACCUCCCGAAAUCCCAAAGAUGUGUGAAAUUCAACAACCAAGUCCAAGAGAGUAGUACUGUAGUAACAAGGCCAAGAGAUGGUGUUUUGUUUUUCCGGCUGAUGCAAGAGAAGGAGACCUUCACCUGCAAGUUUCCCCUCAAUAAGUUAAUUGUGUAUUUUACCAUUUUGAACAGCAGUUUAGGGUAACAAAACUAUUCUGGAUAUAACGCAUUAGUGCAUUGACCUCUGCUUUGGGAUGAUGACUUUGAGGUCAUUGUUAGGGGAAGAGACAAUUUAAAGUGCUACAGAUUUCCUACACCAUGUCAUGGAAAAGAAAUUACUUUGCGUCUGGCAGCAGUGGGUUGCAAGGCAUCCUCACUCCACGGACCAUGACAUCAAUUGCCCCCAGCAAAGGACUUAUCAACGAGCCAGGGCAGAACAGCUGCUUCCUGAACAGUGCUUUACAGGUUCUCUGGCAUUUGGAUAUCUUCCGCAGAAGUUUCCGGCAACUUACCACACACAAGUGCAUGGAGGACUCCUGUAUCUUCUGCGCUCUGAAGAGCAUCUUCGCCCAGUUCCAGUUCAGCAGUGAAAAGGUUCUCCCGUCCGAUGCUCUCCGCUGCGCUCUCGCCAAAACCUUCCAGGACGAGCAACGAUUCCAGCUCGGCAUUAUGGACGAUGCGGCCGAGUGCUUUGAGAACAUCCUCAUGAGAAUCCACUUUCACAUCUCAGAUGAGACCAAGGAAGACAUCUGUACAGCCAAACACUGCAUCCCGCAUCAGAAGUUUGCCAUGACUCUCUUUGAGCAGUGUGUGUGCAGCAACUGUGGAGCCUCUUCAGACCCCUUGCCCUUCAUUCAGAUGGUCCACUACAUUUCCACCACCUCUCUGUGUAACCAGGCAGUGCGGAUGCUGGAAUGUCGGGAGAAGCCCACCCCUGACAUGUUCGGAGAACUGCUGAGAAACGCCAGCACCGUGGGAGAUCUGCGCAACUGCCCGGGAAACUGUGGAGAGAAGCUCCGUAUUCGACGUGUACUGAUGAAUUCCCCAGAGAUCAUCACCAUUGGCCUGGUGUGGGACUCGGAAAACUCUGACCUGGCUGAAGAUGUUAUUCACAGCCUGGGUACCGUCUUGCGGCUCGGAGAUCUGUUCUACAGAGUGACAGAGGAAAAGGCCAAACAGGCGGAGCUUUAUCUGGUGGGCGUGGUCUGUUACUAUGGCAAACACUACUCCACUUUCUUCUUCCAAACCAAAAUCCGCAAGUGGAUUUACUUUGACGACGCUCAUGUGAAAGAGAUCGGGCCUAAGUGGAAGGAUGUGGUGUCCCGUUGUAUUAAAGGGCACUACCAGCCACUGCUUCUGCUCUAUGCUGACCCCAGAGGGACGCCGGUGUCGGCUCAGGACCUGGCCUCACGCCUAGACCUACAUCACUACACUAAAGCAUACUACGACAGUGAGGAUUCAGGCCGUGAGCCGUCUAUUUCCAGCGACACACGGACAGACUCUUCUACAGACAGCUACAGCUAUAAACCUUCUCACUCUCACCACGAGUCUAUGGCAUCCCAUUUCUCCUCUGACUCCCAAGGAACAGUCAUCUGUAACCCUGACAACGACUCUGCCUCACACAGCAGCCUUGAAACCACAGGUCCAUCAACUGAAAAGGAUCUGGGGCAGCGCCACACCUUCCGAAGAGACGGGCUCUUGGACAGGAAGGGAGGGAUCUUGGACAGGAAGCGUAGUGCCAGCAGGCCACGGAAAUUCGAGGUCCGUGGCGAUUCAAGAAGUCGAUCUUCUAAGACCGACGAGGUGUUGUCUGCAGGCUACCACAGUGAAGGCGAGACUUUAAAAGAGAAGCAGGUUCCUCGUUCCCUACCUAAGCCCACUUCUAGUAGACUUCGAGAUUUUAAGGAGACCAUGAGCAACAUUAUCCAUAACCGGCCACUGUCUGCAUCGUCCGCUGGCUCUGUGUGCCUGCCUGACUCCACCGCCAAGGCCAGAGACUGGGAGGCAGACAGCACCAGCAGCGAGUCCAAAUCCAGCUCGUCUGGAGGACGCUACCGGCCGCCCUGGAAGCCUCGACGUGAGGCCCUGAACAUCGACAGCAUCUUCAGUAGGGAUAGACGCAAACAGUCUGGUUACAGUCCUCUGGGAGCUCUGCUGUCUGAAGACACCGGCCCUCAUGGGGAGUUGAGCACGACUGUGGAGCAGACCACCUUUCGAAGCUUGCCGGGACACCUCAGAAGAGGGUCAGAACAGCCCCCACGGCUCAUCCAGAGGAUGGAGAGCGGCUACGAGAGCAGUGAGAGAAACAGCAACAGCCCCGUCAGUCUCGACAUCUCUGUCAGUGAGGGAGCCAGUAAUGGCACACACAGCUUAAGGGUUGGAGGGUUGAAAAAGCCACCAGUUGAGGUGAACCCAUCAUUGAAGUCUGUCAUCAAAUCCAAGAGCAGCAGCGCCUUGUUACAAGAUGUCAAAGCGUCGGUCAAGGGCAGCAGUCACAUGAGUUUAGUGGACGAGGGCCGGAGCGAACUAGACGAGCUGCAGGAGGAAGUCGCUCGCAGGGCAAGGGAGCAAGAGACGCAGAGACGCAAGGAAAAGGAGAAAGAGGCGGCCAUGGGCUUCAAUCCCAGACCCAGCAAGUUCAUGGAUCUGGACGAGCUUCAGAGCCAAGGGAAAGGGGAAGGCUUUGAAAGGUGUGUGUUGGAGGCAGAGUCUCUGUUAGACCAGUCUCUCAGGCUGGAGCAGGCAGGAGAGGUGUCCGCCGCUCUGUCUGUAGUGAACGAAGCAAUGUCUAAACUCAGGCAUACCUUGCAUGAGAGCAGCGCUAAUGCUCAGGGCAGGAUGCAAAAGUGCAUGAGGAGGGCACGAGGUCUGCAGCAGCGCAUGCAGCAGCAGGAGCUGCAGCAGAAGCAACAGGAGGAAGAGAAGGAACAGAUACAGUCUCACAGUGACCAGCCUGUCCCGGUCCAAAUACUUCUGACAAAUGUUAAAGAGAAUGAGAAGGACGUUCCAGAAGAUGCAUUAAGACCACCGUCACCACUUCAAAUGAAACCUCAGUCUACAAAUAAACCAAUUCCUGAAGCCCCUGGCCAUCCUGUAUCACCCCAUCACACAGACCCACAUCUCAAAAAGCAGGGCGAUGAAGGUAGCCCCGUUCCUGUUGCUGUGACAGAUAAUCGACAGCACACGCGUGACACCAGAGACCCCACAACCGUCACAAACUCUCUUGUACAGACUUCUAGCAAACACACCUUGCCUGGGAAUGCUGUGAAUGGUUAUGAGGGUCAUUUUCAUCCCUCUGCUCUGCCCAACAACACGGCAUGUAGUCCAUCUCAUUCCGGCAAUCAGCGUCCACCUCUGUCACAAAGUGCCCACCUCUCGCCCACUGUCACUGAUAACAGCAACUCGGGAGAUGUGAAGCAAAACUCAGCACAGCAACUUCCUCAGAAUUUGCCAUCUCAUGCGCCCCACAGCCACGCUUCUGAUGCCCGUCAAAAAUCAAAUUCGCUUCAGGCCUCCCGGAGUUGGUCCUGUCGAAGUUUAGAACGACCCAAUCACCCUCCCGCUGCAGCAGACGCCUCGCUGCACUCUCCAGUAGACCUUCGCUCCCCCUGUCCUACAGCACUGGAGCAACGACCAGCUGCCCACAUGCCCGUGGAGCGCUGGGCUGAGAACGUUAAUCGAUACUACAAUUCGCAGAAUUCUGCGCUGUCGGGACGGGACUCACCCUGUGAGGAGCUGUCUGAGUUGGAUUCGCUCUAUCAGGCCAGCUUGAAGGCUCCCAGCAUGCCUCGAGUCCCACGAGGACACAGCCCUCAGCCUGCCAACAGAACAGGUUCUUCUGCUUCUCGGAGACACAGUGCUGGAACGUCUGCCACUCUCGGCCGCUCCAAAACGCCCACAGCAGAGAUUGAGAGAAGUGCCUACAGGACGCCAGCAUAUAGCAGUAAACCUGUUCAGAAGGAUGUCUAUGGUGCGCCAUUGGGCGAGGAAGAAUCAUACAGUGCUGAAAACCUGCGACGAAUUGCUCGCAGUCUCAGUGGGACUGUCAUUGGAGGACGAGCCGAAAGUGUCCCCCCGUCUCUCAGCUUUGAACCCCCUGUCUCAAGGAUGCCCAAGCAUGCGAACACCUGUCGUUCCAGCACCUCUCUGCAUGUUAUACCCCCUCCUUCCCACAAUCCUCCUAUGUUCUACCACGAGCCGCAACCCCAAUACCUUCACCCAAGCCACCGGCACCACCCCGCCCCCCCAUCACACUUGCAUCAGCAGACACUGAGGCCCUCUCGUGGCCAAUCAGGAGAUUGCCAAAAGACCAACAAAUUUCUGGCUGUGCUUGACGGGGGUGAGGCGUUCUCCCGUGAAAACUACCACAACGUGGCACUGAGCUACGGCACUCUUCCAAGGGCUCUCCGUAGGUCCACUUCAUCUGGGCCUCAUGUGCCCUCUGCUGGUCCAGCGCCCCGUAGCUACCCAGACCCAGUCUACGCCACGCUGUCCCGCUCUCACCGCGCCGCACAGCCAAGUAAGACAGCGGAUGCCAUUUACAGACAGCCCCACCAACAAUCCAGUCGUGCAUCCACCCAACAUGUUGCCUCACACCAUUUCAGCCAUCACCACCCUCAUGUGACCUUCGAGCCACCUGCCCAGCCCCUCCGCCUAGAUGUGCCCCCCGAGAGAGACUGGAGGGCUGCAGGCCACAGGACUCUCCCCAGGGACUCUCGUGCCAUCCCCAGGCCAGAAGCACGUGGAGGGGCGUCCCGUGGCCCUCUCGCUUAUCUCUGCUCCCUGUGCAAGCAGAAACCAGCAGAGCCCUCCACAAGCUAUUGCCAAACCUGCAGAGCCCACAUGAAGCACUACAGGAUGACCAGCUGAGUCAUGGAUAUACACACUGGAAUAUAUAACAGCCAAUGAUUUGACGUCCUUCUACGCACUCUUACUUUGAACCGACUCGGAAUUAUACGGUGUAAACCCCUGCCCCAAUUUCUUUGAUAUUGUGCUCCUUGGAGAAGAAGCAAACGAAUAUCAGCACUCCUCAGAGAAGACAUUAGAAAAGCAAGUCCGACAAGGUCUUGUUCGUUGCAUCGAGCAGAUGUUUCCCGAAGAACAGUGAGAGACGAAGAUUACAGUCUUGGAAAUGUCACAACACGAGUUUUGUGGAUGUAGAGAGGUCGCGUCUUUCGAAUUGUUCUCUGGAAAGAGAGCGUCGUCCCUGUGUUUUUACCUAGAAAGAAACGUUUCGACUGUUAAUACAUUCAGUUGCGCUCACAGGUUAAGUUCACGAAUGGCCUCGAUCUUAGCACAAAGCACCAGGGGCUGAAAAACAGAGCACUUUGAAGGUUGAUGUGUGGGUUGCUGAAAUGACUGCAAUUUAAACUGACGCGAACACACAAAGUGACGAGUCUGCCGAACAUUGCCUGCUGAUAUACAGUGUCUACUCCGUAUAUGCACAAGUUGUAUAAGAGUUGCUUUACGCUCCUUUGAAUUUGCAUUCCAAGCUAACCUAACUUAGUUCUGUGAUUGUAAUUUAACUAUGUUAACACAAGUUUAGUGCACUUCAGAAGUGUUACGUUAGAAGCGUUCCUCUGUUGUAACUUCUCCCAUUAUCAUGGGAAAACAAAUGUCGAGCUAUGUGUUACUACUUAUUUUAGAGGGCUGUAACGUAAAUGUGCAUUAGUAAUCAUGAGGUACACCAGAUUUCUCCAUUUGUACCGACAGUCAACUUUCCACAAACUCAUCGGCAUUUGUAUCGAUAUUUUUGUGUACAGUAUUGUUCUGCCUAACAGUAGCACCAACAGUUAAUUGUGAUCUUUUUUAAAUUUUGUAGUAGCUGCAGUUACAUUUUUUGAUUUCUAGAGUAUAUCUUACAUGUAUUGUGCAAAACUGUUUUAAGAAUAGAUGAGACGUUUGAGACGUAGAUGAUUCAAGGACCGAGUGUUCUGGAGUGCCUUGGUUUGUGGAAGGCAACAUAACUGGAUAUCAAUUUACAGCAUUUAUGAUAAUGCUAAUUAUAAUAGAGCUAAACAAAAUGAUUUCAUAUUUCCCCUUAAUGGAGAAUGAAUACAUUUGAUCUUUUAUCACUAUCAAAGUGUGGCCUGAAAUCUUUGUUUUUAUUAUGAAGCCCUACACAUACAGAGUGUAAAUGUGCCAUUUCUUGGAAAUGAAAGUGUACCUGCUUAUCUUAGAGUAUCGUAAGAGUAGACUAUAUUGAAACAGGGCCAAAUUUAGUAAAGCUUUUCAUGAUCACCGAUCGAGAGCAUGUCAAAUACCUCAACCAAUCACAUGCUCUCAAAUUUUUCUUUCACCGUGCAUGUACUAUGAUUUCAUAAAUCGGGACCUAACAGUGAAUCAGAGUGCCUCUGCAUUGAAUUCCCAUCGGGUGAUUUAUCGGGAGUUUCUUUGCUUGGCCGAUAUGCAGUGCAACACUGCCCAGGCAGAACACUGAUCUUUGACUGAAUUAUUUUUCCUCACUUUCUUUCUGAAUUCAAAUACAAAUAGAUUUGGCAAAAAGCAAGGCUGUAUUUAUAAGCGUGUACAGAUUCAGUCUUAAACCUUAAGUACAGACAGACUUGGAUUUGUUGUAAAUGCUGUGCUAGAAAUGAAACUUGUAUUUUUGCAAUAAAGUUAUAUUGAGCUCCUGUCAGGAGCAGAACGCUGUA